AUGAAGCAUCGUUCUGUGGUUUCGAACUUCGUGUUCAAGGGUGAAAGCGUAGAUCAAGCUCAACAGAUUGCACUUUUCAAGAGGAGUACACAUCCUAACAUCCGAAGUUAUCAAGGUAAGUACUCGCCUAUAGCUGGUAGCAUUGAAGAACAAGAUGCAUAUCCACUUGCCGCAGCCGAAAGAGAGAUUUAUGAGGAAACACAACUAGUGUGCGGUCGGGAUCUUGUGCUUGGGUUCACUGGGAGACCCUUCUCGUUCGAAGACGAACAGGCUCAGAGAUCAUGGACGGUACAUCCAUUUGGGUGGUUACUUAAAGCAGACGAAAGCAAGAUUCAGAUAGAUUGGGAACAUUCUGGCUGGAAGUGGUUUGAUCCUCAAGCUGUGCUCGACGGAGGCAUAGACGAUGACUGCGUCCCGAGGCUAAAGGUGAGCCUGCGAAGGGUCUACCUUGGCCCGAACGGCAUGUUUGGAAGUGGUAACGGGCUCAUUACUCGCAACAAUGCCGCUGGACAAGCAUUUCUCAGAACAAUCGAGAAGUUGAAGAACGACACAGAGAAUGGGGCUAGAGUGCUCGCCACGGACGCCUUGAAAGGACUCGUGGAGAUUACUAAGUGCAUAUUUUCUACCGAAGAUGGACUACUAUCACCAGAAUACUGGUAUGCGCUGCGAGUGGCUGCGUGGCAUUUCAUCUACAGCGCACGCACCAGCAUGAAUGCUGCUAUCGCAUCUGCUAUUGUCAACGCCCUCGCUCAGAUAGCCCAUGCAACCAAUGUUCUGCAGAACGACCCCAAGGCAGCUUGCGACAUCCUCGAACAGAGCAUAGCCAAUCGACAAAAAACAUCCACGGAAAUUGCUAAGGCGUUCAAGAAAUAUGUCGACACCCUGGUCACCCGACAACAGCAGGAGGAACCUGCGAUCAAUAUCAUUACCUUGUCUGACUCGUCAACUAUAUUAGCGUCACUUACACAUCUAGUUGAGCUUGCCCAGGAGAAUCUGUUGCGACUAAAUUUCACGAUACUCGAAUCUCGCCCAGCAUGUGAAGGUGCUAGCUUAGCAGCUUCUCUGCUUUCAAGCUUAAACGACAAAGCCGCCUCUAGAGACGAACCUGCCCGAGUAAGUGUUAGGAUCGUGCCAGAUUCCCAUUCCGCCUUUGUGCUAAGAGAGCCGAAAGACGCUGGUGACAGCAGGAAACCACACACUGUUGUCUUGCUAGGGGCAGAUCGAAUCACACCUUCUGGACAUGUGGUCAAUAAGACUGGUAGCACAGCCCUUGCAGUAUUAGCACGGUGUCUACCUGGCCGUGGCAACAGGGAAGUAGUGGUGCUGAGUGAGACUGACAAGAUCGCUGUACCAAAGCAGGACGUACUAGCAUCAUACGAGCAAUUACUUGCAAAGCCUGACGAAGAAGGCGUGACAGACGGUUUAGCUGCUGAAUUGUCACGGCAGGAACUUAAAUUAGAGCCUGACGAACAACAUGAUUCGGCAGAGAUCUCUUGUAUCUGGCCGGAGUCAGCUAGAAACAUGGUCCAGUCCUACAUGCAGGCAGCAGGUAGCAGCAGUGUACGAAACGCCGUCACGAUUGAGAACUCGUAUUUUGAGCUCAUUCCCGCCGAGUACAUCGACGCAUAUAUUGCCGAGGACGGAGAGAUCAGUAAGGAGGAUGUUCUCAGGAAGAGCGUCAACAAAGCGAAGAAGGAAAGCAACCUGUUUGAGGACUUGUAUGAAGUCGACUAG